AUGCGAAUGCUCAUCCUCAUCAUCUACGCCGCCAUCUCGAUCUACGCUGACGGAGUAAGUGAUGCCAGUCCUCCCCAGCCCGGUCCGGUUGAGCCUAAGCUUGAUUGCCCUCCGCCACCUAUUGUAUUUGAGGACCCACCUCGCUGCUUGCAGCACACCGGCCUGAGCUGUUUGUAUGCCCGCCAGAGUUCGACUCAGCUCCGUAUGGGCUCAAUUGUGAAGUCAUUUGAUGACAAUGAAUUGGUCGUGGUCUUCCAGAUAGACUCGUCCAUUCCGAGAAGGUUGAGUCUUGAUAUUCCCGAGGCAAGCGGGACGUUCUUAUUCCGUGCUAGUCUCCCCAGUGAGAGGAAGCUCACCAUAAAGUUCCACAUCCCCUACUUCAGAGCACACGGCGGGUAUAUACCUCCGUUCAGAAGACAUAUCAAGGAGCUUACCUUCCGUACGAGAUUAGCUACUAAGGCGCAUGUUCCGAAUUGGGGGUCGGUGAGAGCCUACUCGAGAAGUACUGGUAAAGCUCGUGCCUACAUUCGAGGACCGAACCACCCUGGCUGGGUGAAAAUAGUCCAGCGUGCAAAAGGACGCAGGAGAGGCCUUUUCUUGGAAGUAAUAUUCUAUUUGCGCAUGUACACCCGAGACGGGCUGAACUGGGGACGCUUUUAUGCGUAUGCUGAUUUCAAACUCCGAGGUGAGAGGAAUGGUACAGGUUUCAAUCACGAGGGGCGAGUGUUCCUCUUCAACAGAACAUCAACGAUAGUUCACUCAUCGUUGAGCGCUCCCCUUCCUAAAGAUGAGCACUUAUCCUAUGGAGUGGCACACGAGGAGUAG